UUCUUCUUAAAUUGAAUUCGAAAACGAAAACACAUGUGCUUCCAUAAUUCUAAAACGAAAUUCUUGAAAAAAUCAAAUAAAAAACAAUUGAAUAUAUAAAAAAUUACUGAAAAUUGCAAGGAAUUAUGGCUGAUCAUAUAUUUCAUCGGCCUGGGCCGUUAAAACAGGCCAACAAGUCCCACAAAACGGGCAGACAUCGUUCCAAAGGUGCCAUAGAUUUGGCACUAAAAGGCAAGGUAUCGGGUACCGUCAUAAGCCAUAAACACAAGCAAGUUCAACGUAAGGAACAAAGGCGCAAUCAAAUGAAUCAGCUACGUAAAAAUAAACGUGAGGAAGCUCUGGCUGUUAAACGUCAAUUGGGUGGCCACAACACUGCUCCCUUUUUGGUUUGCUUAUUGCCCAUGCACUUGCAAGUCGAUCCCCGUUCCGCUCUGAGUAUUUUGGAAUGUUGCGAUGAAGAAGCUGUGGUGGAACGUACCGCCUCUGGUGUUACAUACAUUAAUCUGCCACGUUUCAAGCAGAGAUUUGCCUUUAUUAUACCCCCCGUGGGAAGAGGCAAUGAAUUGGCCGUUUUGGAUUACUUGAAAGUGUGUGAUACAACUUUAAUGUUGACCUCGGCCGCCAUGGGCGAAGAUGAAGUUUUCGAUAAGUGGGGCCAUCGUAUCUAUAACAUGAUCUCGGCUCAAACUAUACCCACUCCUGUGGUAGCUUUAAUGGAUUUGGAAUCGCUUAAUCCCAAACGCCGUUCAUCGGCUAAAGCGGCGGCGCAAAAAUUCAUCUCUAAACUGUUGCCCAAAGAAAAAAUAAUGCAAUUGGAUACAAAUCCAGAAGGUUUAAAUGUUAUGAGACGUAUUGGUGGUCAAAAGAAAAACAUUGUUUACAAUCGCAAGAAUCGUCCUCAUGUGUUUGGUGAUCAUGUGGAGUUCAUACCGAAUCCAAACCCGGCUGAAGAUGAAGGCUUGUUAAAAGUUACCGGCUUCCUGAGGGGCACACCGUUGGAUGUCAAUGGUCUAGUGCAUAUUGCCGGACUGGGUGAUUUUCAAAUGUCACAAAUUGAUGCUCCCCAGGAUCCCUAUAAACUAGACAAAUUGCGUAAUCAGGAAAUGUUACCCGAGCUACGUGUUAUUGCCAAGGCCGAUCCCAACAAACAAACCUCUUUACAAACCGAAAACAUACCAGAUCCCAUGGAUGCUGAACAAACUUGGCCAACAGAAGAAGAAAUCGCACAGUCUCAACUGGAAACCAAGAAAAUGAAAUUGAUAAAACGUGUGCCCAAAGGUUUCAGUGCUUAUCAGGCUGCCUGGAUACCAGACAUUGAAACGGUCGAAGCUGAUGACGAUGAUGAUGAGGACGAUGAUAUGGAUGAUGAUGAGGAGGAUGACGACGAAGAUGGUGAAGAUAACGAGGAAGAUGAAUUCAUGUCUUGUGAAAACAAAUCAUUUGAUGGCGAAUUCGAAAAACACGAAUCCGACACUGAGGAAUAUGUUGAUACUGCCUCUGUAUCGGACGCAGCCGUAAAUGAUGAAAAAUAUGAUUUACAAAUGGAUUUACACGAAGAACGUGAAACAAUGAAACAACUUAAGGAGGCACGUAUGGAUGAAAUGUGGCCCGAUGAAAUCGAUACACCUUUGGAUGUUGCCGCCCGCACUAGAUUCCAGAAGUUUAGAGGAUUAGAGUCUUUCAGAACAUCACCAUGGGAUCCCAAAGAAAAUUUGCCCAGUGACUAUGCACGCAUUUAUCAAUUUCAAAAUUUCGACCGUACAAAACGGCGCGUUAUCAAUGAAGCCAAAGAAAUCGAUGGUGCCGUGCCUGGUUGGUACAUCACCAUUCACGUGGCCAAUGUGCCCGCUACAAAAUGGUUGGCUUUCAAAUCGGCCCAACAAACUGAGAAUGUUAUAGUUUAUGGCCUACUGCCGCACGAACAUCAAAUGUCUGUUGUGAAUGUGGUGCUGAAACGCAUGCCCGAUUCGGAAAUGCCCAUUAAAUCGAAGGAAAGACUUGUGAUACAAUGCGGCUAUAGGAGAUUUGUGGUGAAUCCCGUCUUCAGCGAACAUACCAAUGGUGAUAAACACAAGUUUGAACGCUACUUUAGACCGCAUACCACUGUGUGUGCCACAUUUUAUGCACCCAUACAAUUUCCUCCCGCACCUGUGCUGGCGUUUAAGACAAAUCCCGACUCCACUUUAGCUCUGGUAGCCAGAGGUUGUUUGCUGUCCUGUAAUCCCGAUCGUAUUAUUUUGAAACGUGUUGUACUGAGUGGUCAUCCCAUGCGUAUUAAUCGCAAAUCGGCCACCAUUCGUUACAUGUUCUUCAACAAGGAGGAUGUCGACUACUUCAAACCCGUAAAACUACGCACCAAAUGUGGUCGCAUGGGUCAUAUUAAGGAAUCUUUGGGUACUCAUGGUCACAUGAAGUGUUACUUCGAUGGCCAAUUGCGUUCCUAUGACACGGUCUUCAUGUAUCUCUUUAAGCGUGUCUAUCCCAAGUGGACGUACGAUGACUGUUUAAUAACCUGUGAAGAUGAUAAGGCAAUCGAGGUCAUGCAGGAAUAAAUCAAAUCAAUGAAUUCUUAUAAAUAGUGAAUUAAACAAACAAACACACCCAUUUCGGUCAAUGUAUAAAUUAAAAAACAUUUUUAUUAUUGUAAUAAAAAUUAAAAACAAAAAAAAAAUACGAAAA